UAUAAACUGAAAUUAUUAAAUGAAGAAAAAGAGCGGAUUUAUUUCCCCCUCAAUCUUUAAAAAAGAGUCUCCACAAAGAGAAGCCUCCGGAAUUGCUGGAGCUAACCUUUAUCAGCAACUAAAUACUGAUUUAAGGUGUCCUAUCUGCCAAGAAAUUUUCGAAGACCCUGUAGUAACUCCUUGAGAUCAUGUAUUUUGCAAUGAAUGUAUUUAAGAAAAUGAUUUUAAUUUAAGAAAAUGAAGUCAAUGUGCCCAAAUUGAAGAAGACCCUUAAACAAAAGAGAACUCCAAACGAUUAGCAUUUUCUCAAAGGCAUGCAAGACUAUUAAACAACUAAAAAUUGAGAAUAACCUGUGCACACAAUAUACGCCAGUGAAAUAAGUUCGUACUUCGAGACCGCCAGGCAAUUAAAGACUCUCUAGCUAAGCGUAAACUCAGAGAAAACGAAGAACAAAAAGUCAAAGAGGAAAUAGAAGAGACCAAAGUUCUAGAAGAUUCUAAACUUCAGACACCUAUCUCUCGUAGAAGAAGAUAUCAAGAUAUCUCCACCUCUAAGGAAGAAAAGAAGGCUAUUCCAAAGGAAAAUAAUCCAUUUGACAAUGGACAGAAAUAUCUCAAUGGAAAGAGAAAGAUACGAGAGCAUUCUUCGAGAAGUAGAGCCCAACUCAAUACAGAAGCUACUAUCAAAAGAUUCAAAGCUAAGAAAAACAAAAGAAAGAAGACAAGCAUUCCAAGAAGUAAGAAAGGACCAAGUAUAUGAGCAACAGGCCUUAGUGAUGAUGAAAAAGAUAUCCUAGACAUAUUUGGACUCCAAUUUGGCUUCAGAAUUACCUCUAAAGUAGAACCUAGUACCAAAGAAGCCAAGCUCUUGUGAAAAAUAGAUGGAGAACUGAAGAUCACUCAUAAAGUAAUACAGGCUUUACUAAACGGUAUCCCACUGAUAAAUUACGAUUGGGUCACUUCCUCACUCGAAUGCAAGUCAGCACCACUAAACCCAGAUCCUUACAUCAUCAAAAAUGGUUGGAACGUAUUCCCCUACUCAGAUCUCUUCCAAAACGUCCACAUAAUCCUUGAUUACUCCCUCAAAUCCGACCCCUCUCUUUCAAAUCUCUCCUUAAAACCCUCUCUGACCAAAAUGGGUGCCAUCCUCCACCGUACACUCAACUCUUACCUAAAAUCCUGCCCUCAGAGCCCCUCAAAAUCUCCCAAAAAAUCCAAAAAGCCUACUUCCAAGCCAGUUUGUUACUUGUUUGUCUCGCCUAAUUUCACAGAGAGUCAGCUUCCGAAAUCCCUUCAGCUAGGCCAGCAACUUGUAGUGGUGAACUACAAGUGGAUGUUCCACUGUAUGCUCAAGGGAGACAGGGUAUAGUGCUAGUCAGGGAAAUAAGGAGACUUUUUGGUUAGGA